GGCGGGGCGGCGCUGACGCGUUUCCGUCGGGCGCUGGCGGCGGCCGCGGACGGGGCUGGGUGGCGGCGGCGGCCCGGGGGCAGCCGGGGGCGAUUCAUCUCCAGCGAUGUCUUUCAUCUUCGAAUGGCUCUACAACGGCUUCAGCAGCGUUCUGCAAUUCUUAGGUUUGUACAAAAAGUCUGGAAAACUGGUGUUCCUGGGGUUGGAUAACGCGGGGAAAACCACUCUGCUGCACAUGCUCAAAGAUGACAGGCUGGGUCAGCAUGUCCCCACGCUACAUCCCACAUCAGAGGAGCUGACGAUUGCUGGAAUGACCUUCACGACUUUUGAUCUGGGUGGACAUGAACAAGCUCGCCGGGUCUGGAAGAACUACCUGCCUGCCAUCAACGGGAUUGUCUUCCUGGUGGACUGUGCAGACCACUCGCGGCUUAUGGAAUCCAAAGUUGAGCUUAAUGCCCUAAUGACAGACGAGACAAUAUCCAAUGUGCCAAUCCUUAUCCUGGGUAACAAAAUCGACAGACCCGAGGCCAUCAGCGAGGAGAAGCUGCGGGAGAUCUUUGGGCUCUAUGGACAGACCACGGGAAAGGGAAACGUGCCCCUGAAGGACCUGAACGCGCGCCCCAUGGAGGUGUUCAUGUGCAGUGUGCUCAAGAGGCAAGGCUACGGCGAGGGCUUCCGCUGGCUAUCGCAGUACAUUGACUGACACGAGAGUCCCGCUCCUCUGGACUGGUCCUGUUCACAGCUUGCUAUGGACUUUUCUAUUAGAACACGGGAGGCUUUCCAACCGCAUUGACCAAGAGACUCCUGGUUUUCCGGCUGCCCUUAGGGCACAGUGGUGACACCACUCUUUUCCACGCGGCGGGGAGGCGGCGCCGUUCCGCAGGAGUUGUCCCUGUCAGCUCAGUGGCAGCGGGGCUGCUCCGGUCUGGGAAGUCAAAACUCUGCACGCUGCUCUGUAACAGCUGAAAAAGAGAGCACGUCUCACCACUGUGGUUUAAUUGACUUCAAAAAAAAAAAAAGAAAAAAAAAAAACGAAAAGGAAAAAGCAAUUAUAUUUUUUAAAGAAAGUGUUAAUGUAAACGGCGUCCCUCCUAACUUUUUAGUUUAACGUUCAUCUUGUUUAGUCCAGAGUCUGGUUUAGGGUUUUUUAAAAAUAUAUUUAACAAUAUUUAGGUAUUUCACGAAUUACUGAACCAAGGUAUCACGAUAUUAGAAGUCCUCAAUAAACAUAGCAUUUGGGCUUAACUGAGCUGUAGGGUGGCUGUGCUGUGUCACGCUGACCGACAACGACGUGCCGUUGGGACUGAGGUGUGCAAUCCCAGCUUCUUUAGUUUACAGGGAUUUUUUUUUUUGAUUUUUCCUAGUUGGAGAGGAGCACCUGGUGCAGGUUUGGGGGGUGGUGUCUGGCACUCGCUGACAGUGGGAAGGGGCUGCCUGGUUCCACCUCAGGCCAGACUCUUCCAUCGAGGGCGUCGGGUCCUCUGGCUGCGCCAUCGCAGUGAGAACCACAAGCUGUUUGGGUUGUUGUAGCAUGGAGGUGUUUGACAUUUGCAUAUCAUGAAGUUAUUAAUGUAGACUAAACCGGUUUCUUUUAUACUCUCGAUGGACUUCUUUUGUCUGAAGUUUCAUUACUGUCUGGCACUCAUUUUCAGUUCAAUAAAGACGUGUCUUUCUCCUCUCA